AGCUGAGGGCAGAGAAGCUGACAAAGGGAAGUAGAUAAGGGAGAUACAGGGCAGCUGAUCACUGGACAUACUGCAGGAACCCAUUUCAGAAAUAACAGCAAUAUAGCUGUAGGAGGGGAAUAGGUAUAAACUGAAAAGAAUAAAAAGGCAACAAAUGUUGGGUCCAGCCUGCUGGCUAUUGCUCUUGUGUCUCCAAUUGCUGUGGCCGCCUGGAGCAGGCAAGUGCGACAAGGACAACUAUGUGAUCAAUGUGAUGCUGCUGAAUGAUGCACAAUAUCCAUGGAUCUUUGAAAAUGUACAGCCAGCUGUGGAAUGGGGAUUGCGUGUGAUAGAAGAAGAGCUGCAGAAGGCAGGAAAACCUGUGACUCUUAAUGCCACUUAUAAUGGCUUUAACACAUCACUGUAUGUGUCACGAGGCUGCCCUACCAGCACUUGUGAAGGUGUGGAGAUUGUCAAGCAACUCUAUAAUACUGGCACACUUGGCUGCAUUGUCCUGGGACCGACUUGCACUUAUGCCACAUACCAGAUGGUCUCAGUCGACACAAUAUUGAGCCUUCCUCUGAUUUCGGCAGGGAGCUUUGGGCUCUCAUGUGACUACAAAGCCAACCUAACUCGAAUCUUGACCCCAGCCAGAAAGUUGACCUAUUUCCUUCUUCAUUUCUGGCAUGAAUUUGAGUUGCCAUUUAAAACCAGAGCCUGGGAAACUGCUUACCUCUAUAAGAAGAAUUUGAACACUGAAGACUGCUUCUGGUACAUGAAUGCACUGGAGUCUAGAAUCACAUAUUUCUCUGAAAAACUCAAAUUCCAAGAAAUUUUAAGGAGCCCGGAUCAGUUAAGGAAAAUGAUGAAAAAUCCAAAUCGGAAAAGCAAUGUGAUCAUCAUGUGCGGUUCCCAAACUGACGUUGACGCAGCCAUAGGGGAAGAGGAACUGGAUGAAGACAUAGUCUUCAUUUUGUUGGAUAUCCACAAUAACACCUACUUCCAGAACACCACGUCACCCAAAUACAUGCGGCAUGUACUUGUCCUGACGCUGGCACCCUCCAAUUUCAGCCUGAAUAUCACAGAUACCAUGCAGAAAAAUGACUUUGUUAUUGGCUAUUUGAAUGGAGUCUUGCUCUUUGGACAUGUCCUAAAGAAAUUUAUCUUGGCCAACCAGCCAGUUUUACCUGUCAAUUUCAUCAAGGAGUUUCGAAAUGUCACUUUUGAAGGUGCACGUGGUCCUGUGAUUGUGGAUGAAUUUGGAGAUCUUGAUGUCAACUUGACGUUAAUGUACACAUCAAUGGAUACAAGUGAAUUCAAGAUCCUCCUGCAGUUUGACACUCAUCGGAAUAAGACAGAAGUGAAGACGGACAAUCCAUUUUUCACCUGGAGGAACCACAAACUACCUAGUGAUAUUCCAGGCACUGGCCCAAACAUCCUGACUAUUGCUGUCUUUACACUCACAGGGGCUGUAAUACUGAUUCUGGUCAUCGCUCUACUGGUGCUGAGGAAGUACAGGAGAGAUAAUGAACUGCGGCAGAAGAAGUGGUUCCACAUACCACCUGACAAGAUCAUGCCUCUGGAGACCAAUGAGACAAGCCCUGUCAGCCUGAAGAUUGAUGAAGAUAGACGGCGUGACACAGCCCAGAGACUGCGCCAAGGCAAAUAUGACAAGAAAGUAGUUAUCUUGAAGGAUUUCAAAUACAAUGAUGGGAAUUUCACAGAGAAACAAAAGAUUGAACUAAACAAGCUCCUCCAGAUUGACUACUAUAACCUGACCAAAUUCUACGGCACUGUGAAGAUAGAUGCGAUGAUCUUUGGUGUGAUUGAGUACUGUGAGAGAGGCUCACUGCGGGAUGUGUUAAAUGAUAAGAUCUCCUACCCGGAUGGCACUUUCAUGGACUGGGAGUUCAAAAUCUCUGUCAUGUAUGACAUUGCCAAGGGAAUGUCCUAUCUGCAUUCAAGCAAAACAGAGGUUCAUGGCCGUCUUAAGUCAACCAACUGUGUAGUAGACAGCCGCAUGGUGGUAAAGAUCACUGAUUUUGGCUGCAAUUCCAUUCUGCCUCCAAAAAAAGAUCUGUGGACAGCUCCUGAACACCUCCGCAAAGCUGAUGUGUCUCAGAAAGGUGAUGUGUACAGCUAUGGAAUCAUUGCGCAAGAGAUUAUCCUGCGCAGGGAGACAUUCUACACUGGCUACUGCCAGGACUUUAAAGAGAAACUUUACAGAGUGGAGAGCGGCAAAGGAAGGCAACCCUUCCGACCAGACCUAUUCCUAGAAACAGCUGGAGAAAGGGAGCUAGAAGUAUAUACGCUUGUAAAAAGUUGCUGGGACGAAGACUCAGAGAAAAGGCCUGACUUCAAGAAAAUUGAGAGCAGUCUGGCUAAAAUAUUCAGUAACUACCAUAGCCAGACCAAUGAAAGCUACAUGGAUACUUUAAUCCGACGUCUACAGCUAUACUCCCGGAACCUGGAGCACUUGGUGGAGGAGAGAACAGAGCUAUACAAGGCAGAGCGGGAUAGAGCAGAUAAGCUUAACUUCAUGCUGCUCCCAGGGCCAGUGGUAAAAUCUUUGAAGGAGACUGGUGGAGUAGAGCCAGAACUGUUUGAAGAAGUCACCAUCUACUUCAGUGACAUUGUCGGCUUCACAACUCUCUGUAAAUACAGCACCCCUAUGGAGGUGGUAGAUAUGCUGAAUGAUAUCUACAAGAACUUUGACCACAUUCUUGAUCAUCAUGAUGUUUACAAGGUAGAGACUAUUGGCGAUGCCUACAUGGUGGUGAGUGGCUUACCAAAGAGGAAUGGCAAUCGCCACGCAGUGGACAUCUCCAUGAUGGCACUGGAUAUCCUUAGCUUCAUGGGAACUUUUGAACUGAGACACCUACCAGGCUUGCCUGUUUGGAUUCGUAUUGGGAUUCACUCUGGUCCAUGUGCUGCUGGUGUGGUUGGGAUUAAGAUGCCUCGUUACUGUCUGUUUGGAGACACAGUGAACACAGCUUCACGGAUGGAAUCUACGGGUUUACCUUUACGGAUUCACGUAAGUGGUUCCACUAUUGCCAUCUUGAAGAGGACAGACUGCCAGUUCCAGUAUGAAGAGAGAGGAGAGACUUAUCUAAAGGGUAGAGGAACGGAGAUUACCUAUUGGCUGACGGGUGUGGAAGAUGGGAAGUAUAAUCUUCCAACUCCCCCUUCUGUGGAGAAUCAGCAGCGGCUGCAAGCUGACUUGGCAAAGAUGAUUACAGAGUGUCUACAAAGACAAGAGGAAGGAUUCCAAGCACAUGAGCCUGCACGUGUAACCAGCUACCGAAAAGGCACCCUAGAGUACCUGCAACUGGCCACCACAGAAAACUCCAGCACCUACCUGUAAAACUGGGCCAUGAAUAUGACUCAGAAAAAUCCAGCAAUCUGGUGAAAGACCUUACAUAUGUGCCGGAGAUUUGCAUUUUUUUGAGCGAGUUGGCAGAAGAAAAGAUUGGGAUCUCUGGGCAUGUUCUCUACCACUGGCCCUUUCUUUAGUGAAUCUGACACACCUAUUGCCAUGGUGCUAAAAUAUAGCUGUGUCCAUCCGAGCAGCAUCAGCCCAAUCAUCCUACAGCUCCAUCGUGACUGGGGAGAAGUGAAAAUAACCAUUUUUGAGAGAGAAAGAUAUUUUUGUCAUUUUUUAAAAAUGUGAUAAGCUGUUC